AUGAAACAAUUACACAAGCAAUCAAGCUUGAAUCACAGACGCGACGGAGAAAUGGGAACCGAAACUCCACCAUACUCCCCCAAAUCCACCAAACACACCAGAUCCCUCCCCAGAUCCAUCAACUACCUCCUCCGUGAACAGCGUCUCCUCUUCAUCCUCGUCGGAAUCCUCAUCGGCUCCACCUUCUUCAUCAUCCAACCCACUCUCUCCCGCAUCGGCCCUCACGACCCCGCAUCUCACUCCCACACCUUCCUCCCCGCUGCCCUCACAAACUUCGACUCCACCACAAACCGCGUCGGCCGUAUCCCCGCCGGAAUCGGCGGGAGACGGUUACGCGUUGUCGUCACCGGCGGAGCAGGCUUCGUCGGGAGCCACCUCGUUGACAAGCUCAUCGGUAGAGGCAACGAUGUGAUCGUGAUUGAUAACUUCUUCACCGGGAGGAAGGAUAAUCUGGUGCACCUGUUUGGAAACCCGAGAUUCGAGCUCAUUCGGCAUGAUGUGGUGGAGCCGAUUCUGCUGGAGGUUGAUCAGAUCUAUCAUCUUGCGUGUCCUGCUUCGCCCGUGCAUUACAAGUACAACCCUGUCAAGACCAUCAAGACGAAUGUGAUGGGUACGCUGAAUAUGUUGGGUCUUGCGAAGAGGAUUGGGGCGAGGUUUCUGCUGACGAGUACUAGUGAGGUUUACGGUGAUCCCUUGGAGCAUCCACAGAAAGAGACUUACUGGGGGAAUGUCAAUCCAAUAGGUGAGAGGAGUUGUUACGAUGAAGGGAAGCGAACUGCGGAAACAUUGGCUAUGGAUUAUCAUCGAGGCGCCGGAGUUGAGGUUCGUAUUGCUCGAAUUUUCAACACAUAUGGACCCCGCAUGUGUUUAGAUGAUGGGCGUGUCGUUAGCAACUUUGUUGCACAGGCUAUUCGCAAACAACCAUUGACUGUAUAUGGUGAUGGGAAGCAAACAAGAAGUUUCCAAUACGUUUCUGAUUUGGUUAAUGGGCUUGCAGCUUUGAUGGAUGGUGAACAUGUAGGACCUUUUAACUUGGGUAACCCAGGGGAGUUCACCAUGUUAGAACUUGCUGAGGUUGUCAAAGAAACAAUUGAUUCAAGUGCUACCAUAGAAUACAAACCAAAUACUGCUGACGAUCCACAUAUGAGGAAGCCAGAUAUUACCAAAGCAAAGGAACUACUGAACUGGGAGCCAAAAGUCCCGCUGAGAGAAGGAUUGCCUCUCAUGGUUAGUGAUUUCCGGAAUCGGAUUUUGAAUGAAGAUGAAGGAAAAGGGAUGAAAUAAACAGAGUAGCAAACCUUGUAUCUAUAUGGAGAAGAGAACCUCUCCAUUUUUUUUCUCAUCUACUGUCAAAAUCAACAUCAACAGAAAGCUCUACUAAUACGUCACAUAUGUAAGAAGAUAUGUCUACUAGCCUUUUACAUUUACUCAUUUAUGCUUGCUUACCACACAGUUCAUGUAAUUGUUAAAUUCUGACCUAAUUCUUUCAUCAAUUUUGUUGUCUAUGGUAUUGAUAAAAGUUGUAGUAUUUGAUAUUUGGAUUCUAGUAUCAUGAGAAAGAAAGUUUUUCUGUAGAAAA